CGGCCCAUCUCAACACCAUCGUCGAUACAUGGAUAACAAGAAACGACGCCCUAGCUACUCUGAACUCUCUACUCUACCAGACGACUUCAAGAUGUUUCAACCCAUCAAGCGCCAUCGCUUUGUCGACUACUCCAACCCUUUCGACACUAUGGAUUUUGAACCAACUGUUACUCGGCCUCCCUUCUUCAUCAUCAAGGAGGCAAACUCUAGGCCUAGCUCGUCCGGCUUUGAGCAGGUCAUGGUCGAAAAUUCAUUUGCCACUCCUUAUCACGCUGAAGCGAUACCGCGGACUAGCGUGCCUUUCGAGAAUUUCAGAGUGCGGCCACCAUCAGAUUCGCCCGGCAGCAUGAAUUAUUCGGUGUAUGUAAAUGGUCACGAUGAAGCGGCCAAACUUGUCGAAGCCGACCUAGCGGACUCUCGUCGAAGGAGCAGGCUCUCCCAGCACGAAAGGAUCUUAAGAAGCCUCAUCCGCCCCAAAUCACCCGAAGCAGAGUUCGACAUCGACGACGUCGCUCUGCAAGGCAUUUUUUACGCUGCCAACGAGAUAUUCUUCCGCGGAAGACUGAAGGGACGUGUUGCUUGGGCCUGGGGGGAUCUCCCGAGCAGCCUCAUCGGCACUACGGCGUUAAGGAAGUCACCCCUCACCGCCGGCUACGAAACAUUGAUCUUUUUGUCGCAAGGGAUCCUCAAAGACCGAAAAUAUAACAGACGCCUACUCAUAUCGACGUUUAUUCACGAGCUCAUUCACAGUUACCUCUUCGUUCUCUGCGGAUUUCAAUCGAGCGAAUGUGGUGGCCACACCGAUGGAUUCCAGCGCAUUGCUAGACUCAUCGACGAUUGGGCCGGCCCGGGCCUCCUGUACCUUAACAAUAUGGAGGCCGAGCUAAACAACUUCGAAACCAGGUCCACGGUAUUGCCUAAGGGCCCGAUUUUCGACGGUUGCGGCGGCGGUUCGUGGUCGCACGAUCCGGCGCCUGGGGACUACGUCUUUCGUCCCCAAUGCAGGUUACGACCUGUUGUACGUUUACUGGACCGGGAUUUACUGGGAUGACAUGACAGGGGCAUGUAGGAAAGGUCCCGGCCCUUCUGCUGUGACCUAUCAUUUGGUACUCGGCGCGCCGAGAAAGCAGCCCAACGUUACCCCGCAUAGGGCUAGAUAUUUUUCUUUUUUUCUUUUCCUUAGUCUCCCUUUCCCCCUUUCACCUUAUCUACCUCAUCACCUACAUACCACUUACUCACAUACCUCCCUUUUCCUUUGUCACAUACAGGCAUGGCGACGGCGUAUCGUUAUAUACCCUACCUAGAUUUCUUGUUGGAUGGAUGAAUUUAUAGGGUUUCUCUUCUGUGAUACGUCAAGAUGAUUGGUUGAUUAUUUAUCUGUCUAGAUCAGCAUAGCGCAUGAAACUUCUUACGGUAUUGGAAAUUCGGGGCAGGCAAAUGGUGUUUGGAGAAAUUUUAUAUUCUUAUUUCUCCCCUUGUUUCCCUUUUACCCCUCCCCCCCUAUGAUGUUCGAUACUACUAUUUUGAUUACUUUCUAGUUUACUUACAUUAUGCCCCUUCACGCGUUCACGUCACAUCACGUCACAUAUAUAAUGGCCAUUGCAUCUUGGAUGGAGGAGAGAGAAAGGGAAUGGAAUGAAAAAUGAAUGAACAAUAAAAUGAAGAUGAAUACUUCGUGUGUCUAUUAUUUGAUUGGUCGAACCAUCCUUGGAAAUCUAGUAUAUAUACAAUUCAACCCAACCCCUAGGUAGCAUGACUUCUAAUCGAAUCGGCUUUAAGUCGUACGCAGUCUAUUA